GCCCUUUUUCUUUUUUUUUUUUUUUGUGCGCGCUGCUUGUGCCGUCAUUUGCAAAAAUAGCUGGCAACCGUGGAGCCGAUCAAAUGGAUCGUUGACAUCGCAUAUUGGAUUUUUUCUUUGUUCCGCCGGUACAAGUGUGUAAAUAGUUUUGUCUUUGCGUGAGUUGAGCGCGAAAGUUUCUUCGAAGAGGAAGAGUCGACGAGAAGUCUGCCCAAGUCUGGCGGGGACGCUGCACGCGGAGAAGUGAGCCCUAAAAAAAGAAGCGGCGCGGGUAGACUGUGCGGGCGAGCCAUCUUGUUUUUUAACGGACCAUCACCUUUUUUUUUUUUUUUUUCAAAAAUACAAAAAAAGUAAUUAUCGGCAUUUAACGCGUGUGCGAGUCGCGCAAGCUCGCGAGAUACGAGUUUUGUGGCGGUACGGACCGGCCUGCAAAAAGUGGUGAAAAUUUUUGGCGAUGUUUUUUUCUUUUUGUAUGUGUUUGCUUUCGGCCACCAGAAGGCCAUUUUUUCCAGGCUCCAUUCGGCUUUCCUUUCUUGACAGCUGACAGCAUUAGGGCAAAUUUUUAGGGGUAACGGGGCUGCCCAAAGUUAUUUGUGGGCAUCCCUGGCCAAACUCGGACUCCGGUGGAUCCAUGAGAGCGGCGGAUCGGCAGGCGGCCCAGCGAAAUGAGCAGGUUCUUUUUAUUGUUUCCAUUUGAAAUUUGUUUGUUUGAUCGCGUCGGGGCACGGGCGCCCUUUUUUCAAACGGCGUCUGAUGGACGGUGUCUGGUGAGGCCUGGUCCUCGUCGGGGUUGAUGGAAGGUCGCGCAGAGCCCGGGCGGCCCUUCUCGUGGACUUUAGUAGCCGCAGAGCCUCGUCGCGGGCGCUCUCCCUUUGUCUCGGCCGGGCCGGGGCCGUCGCUCGAGUAGCCGUUCGCGGCAAGAUGUAAACAAUGGACCCUACCUUCGGUUUCUCAUCGGGGCUGCCAACUCAGAUUCCGCUCUUCACGUCUGCGCACCGGCUGUUCAACUUCUACAAUUUGGAGAAGGAGUCGAUGCUCUACGGCGAUGGCCCAAGGGAAAACAACGCAACCAAUGCCUCCGCUCCCGGUCCCCCUCCGAACGCGCUGUGCGUGGCCAACGCCGGCGGCGCACAUCACAGCGGGCACGCGGCCGCAGCAGCCGCGGCCGCAGCCGCCGCCGCGGCCGCGGCCGCCAACAGCGGCAGCGUGCACAGCGUGAGUACGCAGAGCAGCCCCGUGCCGCAGCAGCAGCAUCCUCAGCAGCAGCAACAGCAGCCUCAGCAGCAGCAGCCUCAGCAGCAGCAGCAGCAGCAACAGCAGCCUCAGCAGCAGGGAGGCGUCCCGCCGUCGGUGGUAGGUCCGCUACAGCUCGCUCAGCCACAGCCCAAGGCUCCCGCCAAGCGGGGCGAGUUUCCGUGCGAAAUAUGUGGAAGAGUCUUCACGCAGAAAGGGAAUCUGAAGAGUCAUAUGUACUGUCAUUCUGGUGAGAAACCGUACAACUGCGACGUGUGCGGCAAGGGAUUCACUCAGAGGUCGAGCUUGGACUACCACCACACGCUGCACCUGGGGGAGAAGCCCUUUGGGUGCGAGGUGUGCGGCAAGCGGUUCACGCAGAAGGGCAACCUCAAGACACACAUGAACUCGCACACGGGGGCCCGGCCGUUCCGCUGCGAGAUCUGCGGGCGCGGAUUCACCCAGAAGGGCAAUAUGAAGACUCAUUUGGCGACCCACUACGGGGAAAAGCCGUACGCGUGCGAGGUGUGCGGCAAGCGGUUCACCCUCAAGGGCAACCUGAAGACCCACGUGAUGGCCCACGAGGGCGUCAAGCCCUUUGCCUGCGAGGUGUGCCACAAGAGCUUCUCGCAGAAGCUCAGCCUCGAGUACCACAUGAACAGCCACAUGGGCCGCAAGCCGUACGCCUGCGAGGUGUGCGGCAAGGGGUUCACCCAGAAGGGCAAUAUGAAGACUCACAUGCGUUCCCACUCGGGCGAGAAGCUUCACACCUGUCAGAUCUGCGGCAAGGGGUUCACCCAGAAGGGCAAUAUGAAGACCCACAUGAAGAUUCACCUGCGGCCGCCCUCCCUCGACAAGCCCUACUUCUGCGGCAUGUGCGGCAAGUCCUUCGUCAUGAAGUCCAGUCUCGAGUGCCACAUGGCCACCCACGUGCCCAAGAACGGGGCCGCCAUAGGCCCCGCGGGGAACCACCCCAGCCACCUGACGCUGGGGCCCAGCCACCUGGCCCUGGGCAGUGCGGCCCAGCAGCCCAGCCACCUGGCCCUGGGCAGCGCGGCCCAGCAGCAGCAGCAGCAACAGCAGCAGCAACAACAACAGCAGCAGCAGCAGCAGCAGCAGCAGCAGGGCUCUCCGGGCAGCCCACCGCCCACCAUGGUGCCUCCCCGCAGCCUGACCAACAUCCAGGCCAGCAUCCAGAGCAUGGGGGGCCUCAAGGGCAUGAUGCAGCAGCAGCCAGGGGCCGGUGGAGGGAGCGGCGCGGCGGGGGCGGGCGGGCCCCCGCAGUCGCAGCAGCAGGGGGUCCCCGCAGCGGGCCCCGGCAACGGCGCGGGCGCCUCGGCCAUGUGCGCCAUGGGGGGCGCACCCUCGGCCGGCGACAAGCCAACCGUCGUGGUGCCCGGGGGAGCCGUGCUGUCCGCCCUCUGAGCGGUGCGGCUGGGACCCCCGCGUGGCCAGGCCGCCUUCCCGUACCACGAGACCCCAGCACCCCCGGCCCCCACUCCCCUUCCCCGAACCCGCCCAAUGUCGUCGGCCGACGCGUCGUCGUCGCCCUGGGGACUCCGCGCCGGUUCAGCUGUCUUGUAGCCGGGCGCCAGGAGAAAACUGCGUUUGUAACCGCACUGGCUCGCGUUCGAGUGUAAACCCUUUCCAAGAGCAACAAAAACGAGCAGAGAAAAAGAAGAGGCGGGCACCCGCAAGGGGGUGCCCGCGUCGCACCCGCCGGCCGGUGGCGCCGGCGGCACUCCCGUGUUUUCGGAUUCAACUACCUCGCUGUCUCAGCCUACCUCUCGGUCGCUCUCUCGCAGUCCUUUCGUUUCCUUUCUCUCUCUCUCGACCUCGUUUGAAACGUCGGGAGCGGUCGCUCGGCCUACGUGGCAUCCGUCCGGGGGAACUUCUUCGUACGACGGCUACGACCUAGUCGUACGGGAUGACCGGGCCCCUCUGGCACCGCGCUUUUCAUUGGAGGAUCCUCGGUCGGAUGUGGCAUCGUGCCGCAUGACUUUGGCCGGACCUGCUCCGGGACGAGGGUUUUGCGGCCAUCGCACGAAAGAUCAUGGAGCUCGCGACGCUGAGGCGGUCCACGACCAGCCUGCGCAACGUCGCCUCUCCCGGAGUGCACGGUGGCUCGUUCCUUCUUCGUACCUCCCCUCCCUCUCACUCUCUCUCUCUCUCCUCAUGCCUUCCCCUCGUUCUCUUGGGCAAGGUCUUUUUGUUUUUUUUCUCUCUCCGGUGACAUUCCCCCCAUCCGACCUCCUCGGUGCAGGAUUUUUCCUUCACCGUUGCGGUUCUUUCCCCGUUUCCUCGCCGCCUUGCCCGUGCGCGCCAGAGGCACCUUUUGUUUUUACGGGCAUUGGGAGUUGUUGGUCAGUGCCUUUGGGGAGAGAAGAGGAGGUUUUUUGUAACUACAGCUGUUUGAAGGGUGCAAACUAAGCCGCCAGGUCGGCCUAACAAAAACAUUGCGAGGCGGUGACGCCGUCGCCCAUUCGUUUAGAUUUGGGGCGGGAUAAUCGUUAGUGGAUGUUUGGAGGGGUGAAGUCUAGUUACAGGAUCGCGUUAGUUGCCCUACUUGGGAAGUGGGUUUUGGAACGAGGGUAGAACUUGAAAGUCUUAAGAAAGAGUCUGGGGGACACGCUUCUCUGCCCCCGUCUGCUCCUCCCGUGUGUCGCCUCCCAAAUGAGAGAGAGAGGCCACGCUUAGCGUCGCGACGUCGUCGUCGGCUCCUUCGGGCGACACCCUCUCCCCUUUCUUCCCCUUCUCCACCCUCUUUACUCCCGACGUCGAGGCAACUUCUUGCAAGAGAGCAGCACAUCCGCAGGAGGGAUUGUUGUUGCAUGGUACGGCUUGAUCCGCGAUAUCUGCGAAGACGAAGAAUACUCUCCCACAAGGACUCGGACCUAGAUGAAGCAGGAGACGCAAAAAUAAGUGACUGAAGCUGAGUGGCUAAGAUGAAGAGCGGAAUUGAUGAGAAACCCAAGGAGGUUUUUUUGUUUUUUUUUCUGUAAGAGCAGACUCUCGUCGACGUCGCCCGUGAACGCGGGUGUCGUCGCAGCGUUGUUGUCAAGUGACACGUGAAUGUAGUACGUUUUUUUUAUGCAUUUCUUUUGGAAAGUGUUGUUUAUGGUCAUUGUGGGGGAUGCAGUUUGCAGAGUGCGUGAGAGUGCAUGUCGUAUCCUCGCUUUCUUUCUUUCCGCCGGCUGUGUUUCUGCCGCUGAUCCUCUUUGUCGGCUGUUUCUCACCGCGCUUUUCAGUAAAUUUUAAAUGUUGGUGUUAAGCAUUACUUCAGUGCCCUUCCUGUAUUUGUUUUUGCUCGAAAAAUAUUUGAUUGAUGUAAUUUUUGUCAUACUUUCUGUCAUUUCAAACUAAAUAGUCCCCAUUUUCUUGUAUUACAUACUUAAAAAUUUCAAAAUGUUGACGAGAUCUGUGCACGAGGAAUUCUACCAAAGGCCCCUUUGUCGCAUCCCCCAGUUUCUCUCGGUGGCACUCCAAUGUGGCCCCCUUCACGUGCGUGCCGCAGUAUGAUCCCAUACCAUUCACACUCCCAAUUGCUCCUCCGCUUUCUUUCUGUCUCUCCCCCGCCCGUUCCCGAGUGCACGCAGACAUGCAGACCACAAGACACGUACAGAUGGAACCGUGUUUUCCUUUGGGUGUUUGUGAAGUGAGUGAGACACAGACGGACCGGUUGGUGUCCCCACCCCCCCCUGCCCCACCACCCCGCCCCCAGAGCCCCGAGCCACACCCGGCGGCAACCCGGACCUCGCCCCCGGGUUCGCCAACGGAUGGCUUCGCACGAGGAAGACGAAGAGGCCGGCCCUACGUCGACGUGGUCGAGCGACUGACGCGCAGGACUGCUAAGAAACCCCUUUUUUUCGUCCCCGAUCCCCCUUCCCCCGAUUCAUACGUCUGUAGAUGGAAACGCGUGAACGACUGAAGAUCACGGAGCGUUGAGGUCGUCCCCAGGGACCCAGCGGGGUGGCCGAGGGUGACGGGGCGCGCCGCCCCACACUGCCGAGCCGGUGCGUUGGACUCUCUGUGGGCACGGCGGCGCGUCCCCCGGCGAAGACAGACACACACACAGUUGCAGACGAGACACCAGCACAGACGAGAGCGUGUUUUUUCUUGGAGGGCAGCUGCAUCCCCCGUGAGAGUGUGUGUGUGUGUAGGUGCACGGCCAGAGCGUUUGGUUCGCCCAGGGCAUUCCUGCACUGCCCUCAUCCCUGGCGUGUGCUCUGUAUUUUCUCGAGCCUCUUGUUUUUUUUUUUCCUUUUUCUCUCUCUUUGGGGCCUCUCUUUUUUUUUUUUUUUUGUAAAACGGCCGUCUAAAACUUGUCUUUGUUUUUCCCCCACGUUGGGAUGCACAUUUGUACGCUCUAGCUAUGUUCGCAUUUGUUUUUUGUCUUGCCUGGUGUGUGCGUGCGUAGGACGUGUUGUUUCUGGUGUACCAGUCGAUGCAUUGAGAGAACUUUGUACGAUCUGACGUCGCAUGUCUGUCCUGACCUGUUGCCUUUUUUUUUUCGAUCGCCAAAUUGUUUUGCGUGUGGUCUCGGAUGCACCACUCGAAGGAGGGAGAGGUCUGUGGCACAUUUUUUUUUCACCGAACCUCGGGGAGCUAGGUAUAUAUAUGUGUAUACAAAAGAAGAGUACAGAAACCCGUAGAAUGAAAAUUAGCGUACUGGAAAGGCAUUAGGACUGUAGCUGUCUGACUGUGAAGAUUGUGGCUUGGCCCCCGACUUACUAUGCAAGACACUGUCUGCAGGGUGUGUGUGUGUGCUUCCACAGCUUGGAAAGCCGCCCGGUACGGGCUGUCCCCAGUCCCACCAACGUGCACUGCUUUUUUUGUUUUUCUUCCACUGUAGUUGUCAUCCAUUUUGUUUUGAUUGGACGCAGUUGCCACGUAAAUUACCUUUUCUGAGACGCAAGGUCGUCCCUUUGUGUUUGAUUGAAGCCCCUAACCCGACCCUGUUUAGCGUAGCCAUGUCCAAGGCUCGAUAGCACGUGGGCUUGCGUCGAAGUGUCGUUGGUCCCGCGUGGCACCUACCAGAGUUCCUCUGCCCUUCCCCGGUGGUCUGGCCCCUGCACAGACCCCUUCUUCGGCCCCCCAGCGCUUCCCACCACCCGUGAGAAGAACAAGAUCCGGCUAACCCGGGCCGACGCUCGGCCUCAUGCCGAGCGCACCACCCGCCGAGUCGUCGCGUGGCUUCCCGCCACCCGUCUCCCGGCCUGCCACCGAAAAACAUAGUCGUCGACAGCUGCAACAGCUACUAAAAAACUUCAAACCGAGGACUCACAAAGAAACGUGAACACUGUCGUCGCAGCGGUGGGCACGUUUUGUUUCUCGCACGGCGGAGGGGCGGUUUGCUCGCAUCGGGACUCGUAUUGGAAACGGUGGGGAUGCGCAGCCCCACCUCGUGUAGUCGGAUUGCGGAAGGAAUCACGAAAAGACCGGCGGCAAAAAGAAGCGGGAAACUAUUGACUAUUGGGAGCGGAACAAUGCGGAUUGUGCGGUUUUUUUCUUUGCGAUUUGUCGGGUUUAUGGAGCAGGCCCGAGCCGGAGCCCUCCCCUUCCCAGGUGGCUCGGUCGACGUGCGGCACGCCGGAGUCUGCGAGGGACAUCGUGGACGGUCGACAGUGCUGUGCGGUGCGGGCGCCCUCUGGUGGUGGUGGGGGGGAAACUUCGGUUGUCGGUGCCCCAGGCAAAAAAACGGGAUUUGGUGCGGCGUUCAGCGGGGCACUGCGCGUGCCCCCUCACAAAACGGAAAGAAAGUUGUGCGGCAGCAACGAGCGAACCCCCCUCCCCGGACUCGACUGCAUUCGGGUCUCUCUUUACGACUUGCUUCUCUCUCCUUCCCGGUCUGAGAAAACAACAACAACCCCCGCGUGGUUGGUGGCGUGUCGUCGCUUGUCACCUCGUGUGUGGUGUACAUAACUUUUUAAACUGCUGUCUGUGUUUUUGGGUUUUUUUUUUCGUUUUGGCUUUUUAUUUAUAGGGAAGGGGGCAGGAGGUGGCCUCUGUGUGCCCCUCCUCCCCUUCGUCCCGUUCAUUUGGCCCCUCCCCCGCAAAGUGGGGGGGAAGGCGGGCGUCUGCCGAGGGUGUACAUACAGUGCCAGCAAAGUGCGUGUUGCUCCGGUUUCUUCUCUCUGCGCUUCGCUCCCCACCUCGCUCUCUCAUCUGCGGGUCCCUCCGCCGCAUCCCGGUUUUUUCUUCCAUCCCCCACUUCCUAGAAGUGCCGCCUCUCCCCUCCUUUUCCCAUUUUGCUACGUCCUUGUAAAGAGAGAAAAAAAAUCAGUUGUGGUUUCUUCAUGUACGCAUCUAUCAUUCCAUCUCUCAUCUCAUUGCAACGGUUCCUCCGGAGUUCUGCGGCAGUUUCGCGAGGGACGGCCCAGCCGCUUUUGUUUUGGCUAGGUUUGGAAUCCUUUCGAGCGUCUGCCUCCUUCUGGGUUUACUUCUUUUUUUCUUUUGUCCUCUAUUUGAAAACCAGUUUUCUUUGUUCACCCCUCCGUUUUCCUUCUAGGAAAAGCUAGACUUCAGUCGACACCUUUUUUGUUGCUGGCCCCUUUUGAAGCGAAUUGUUGACUCUCUCUGUCUGGCAACUGGACUUGACACCGUCUUUACACCUGACACCAGUUACUGUAUUUUUGCUCCAUAGUAUCUUGUUAAAUUUCCUUUUAAUUGCCGGUACAUUUUUUUUUCCCCUCUAGUUUUUGAUCAUCCGCAUGUGUGCAUGUGACUCAAGUGAUCGGUACAGUGUUGCACGUUGCCGCCUCUCCGGCACCGUAGUUCCUGCCGUUGCGUUCUCGACGAGCGAUCUCCUCGAGCUCCAGUGUAAAGCUCUCGUUUUAAUUGUUUUUUACUCGCGUCGAUAAGUUUUUAUGGCCAGUUGGAGCAAGUCUCGUGGGAUCUUGGGCGUUUAGGGUUAUCAGGCCGUAAGUCGCUUUCGAAGUGUGCUCGAGGUCUAUGGAAAUUUGGUUUCCGAUUUAUUCGGCGAGCAGGUUAGUGGCAAAUCGCCUUUGAGAGACCUCGUCUGCAUCUGGACGCAACUGUUCUUGGGCAAAGCCUCGAAUUCUCGCGUCGAUGAAUUUGGACAAUUGGGUGUUUCAGAUAGCCCCGCUUUCUACGAGCCACUCUGACGUUUGUUACCAUCGUUUCUCGACGUACCUUUUUCGGAGAGCGGUGUCGAGUGUUCCAUCUAGCGGAGGAGGAAAAGGGAAAAAGGGCGUCCAUUUUUUUUUACCAGUAGCUGGUAGCGUUGUGCAAGUACGUCCAUCAUGCGCUGCGUUUUACCACUUUACCAUGGUAUGCGAGGUUUUUCUUGUUUUCUUUCUCGGGUACCUGCAGACCUUCAAUCAUGUGUGAAUGUGCAAGCGCAUCCUCAUAAUGGCCCCCCUCCUUCCCCGUCUCCACUACCACCCUCCAGGCAUUGCUCCUUCCUUUUUUUUUUUUGAUUUCAAGAGAAAAAAAUGUUAGAAUGUCCCUUUUCAUUCUGUUCUAGUGCGUUCAUCAGCUUUUGCCACCCCAUCUCUCGUUUGCUCCUCUGCUUUUGGCACCAUCUCGUCUCUCGAACAGUGCGCAGUAACGUUCCUGUCGUUUUGCCCAAGUGCGUUUUUAACAUCCCCCUUUCGAGAAACCCUCCCGGAGGCAGAGAGAAUGACGACUACGACGGAAUUGAAAACGGCACAAAAAAAAAAGCAAAACAGUGCGAAAAAGUAAAAAAAAAAGAAAAGGAGAGGUGGUCCGCAGAGCGCCGCCUGGCAACGCGCAACUCUCUUCUUAAAGACGGUAGGCUGGUUAUGUCCCCCCAUAUCUCGUAGUUUUUAACGCUGUUGAUGUGCGUGUGUCAGGAAUUUUUAGGAGAAAAAAAAGUAAUCGGUACGUGUAUAAUCACCUGUUUGUCGAUGUGGCUGCCAGGUAGAUAGAAGGCCAAGCCGCCAAAAAACAAAAAAAUCUUUCUUUCUUUUUUUUUUUUUGCAGCGUGGUGGUGUUUUUGCAGGGACCAGGAGGCAUUGACUGCACAGGAUGCAAAUUGUGGAGAAGGAGGGUUGGGAUUGAACGAGGGAAACGUUGCGAUUGGUCGUAAGCUACGGACGGAGCGUCGUUGGCGCAAGCUUGGCAGGCAGCUACCUUCUGUCUAGCUGGCAGCGAAGGAAAACCAUUAGUGUCCGAUGCAAAGUGUAUUCAUGCGAAUAGUGUAACCUCAUCUGUUUUUUUCUCUGUUUUUCGAAUUACCAAUAAAAUCAUACGAGUGGCGUCCGUA